AUGUCUCCCCGUCUGGCCCCCCUCCGGAUCGCGAUCCGCAUCCCGCGCACCACAACAACACCCUCAAGAUCCUCAGCAAUCGCGGGAGCAUUCUACUCGACCUCGACGGCCGCAGACUCUAACCAGCCACUCAUCACCGUCACACAGCUCCCGGCGCCUGGGUCCGGCCACGUCCGCAUCCUCGAGCUCAACCGGCCUAAGGCGCGCAACGCCCUCUCCAAAGCCCUCCUCUCCCAGCUGCGCGCCGAAGUCGACGCCGUCCACGCCCAGUAUGACCCGGAAACCGGCGCCGAGGUGCCGCCGCAGGCUAUCUUUGGCGGCGCCGCCGGCAAGGACGUCAAGGGCCCCACACGCGCUCUCAUCCUCGCCAGUGCCGUCGAGACGAGCUUCUGCGCUGGCGCGGAUUUGAAGGAGAGGCGGGGCUUCACACAGGAAGAGACCGACGAGUUCCUCCACAACCUCCGCUCCACCUUCACCUCCCUCCAGAACCUCCCGAUCCCAACAAUCUCAGCAAUCUCCUCCAUCGCCCUCGGCGGCGGCCUCGAGCUCGCCCUCUCAACACACUUCCGCGUCCUCUCCUCCAACGCCCUCAUUGGCCUCCCGGAAACGCGCCUGGGCAUCAUCCCCGGCGCCGGCGGCACCCACCGCCUGCCCGCGCUCAUCGGCCUCUCCCGCGCGCGCGACCUGAUCCUCACAGGCCGCCGCGUCUCUGCGCCUGAGGCCUACUUUCUGGGCAUCGCGGACCGGCUGGUGGAUAUCACGCACGAGGAGGCGGAGAAGGCGGGUGAGGGCGACAAGGAUAAGGGCGUCUUGCUGGCGGCGCGCAAGGCGGUGCUGAGCGAGAGCGUGAGGCUGGCGGGAGAGAUUUGCGAGGGCGGGCCGAUCGCGAUUCGUGCUGGGCUUCAGGCUGUUGCGUGGGCGAGGGAGGAGGUUGAGAAUAAGAUGUAUGAGCGGGUUGUCGCUACUGAUGAUCGGAAUGAGGCGCUCAAGGCGUUCCAGGAGAAGAGGAAGCCUGUGUUCAAGGGCCAGACGUUCACCACUUCCUUUGCCGCACAAAAGUCCGCGACAGAGACCGUCAAGGAUGGUCUGAAGACUGUCGACCGCAAGGUCAGCGACAAGCUUGUUGAUGGUAUCAAUGCUACCAACGUCGCCGAGAAGGUCAAGCAAAACGUCCCCAACACCCAGGGCGAGGCCGCCGGCAAGGCCCAAGAGCUCAAGGGCGAAGCUGCCGGUAAGGCCCAAGAGCUCAAGGGUGAGGCCAAGGGCAAGGCCAAUGAGCUUGCUGGCAAGGCGAAGGGUACUGCCGACCAGGUCAAGAGCAACCUGUAA